AUGGAAGAAGCUCUGAGGCGACUCAAUGGUUUCUCACACUUGUCAGAAUCGGACCCAAAAGACAUAUGCACGGAACUGCAGCAAAAGAAAUGCAACAACAAAAGAUGCAUUAAGGAGAGUAGUAGUGGAAGUAGCGGCGGUGGUGGGAAUAUGAAAUACCGGGGAGUUCGGCGGCGGCCGUGGGGUCGAUAUGCAGCGGAGAUAAGGGACCCACAAUCCAAAGAGAGGCGAUGGUUGGGUACCUUCGACACUGCAGAAGAAGCUGCUUAUGCUUACGAUUGUGCUGCUCGUACCAUGAGAGGCCAAAAAGCUCGCACCAACUUCGUCUACCCUAAUUCCCCACCUCAUCAUCACCCCCAACUCUUCUCCUCUUCUUUUGAUUUCCCUAUCCCAUCUCCACCGUCAAACAAGAACCUUAACAACGACCACCGACACGUGGGUUUCUCUGAUUGGGAGCAAGGGCUUCCUAAACCCAACUCCUCCUCCUCCUCCUCCUCCUCUUCCAAUGUGAGUCUCCAUGACUUACUUUCUUCUUCGAACUCUGUUGUAACACCCGAACCCAAACCCUACUUCGCCAUCUCUCCUUCUUUUGGUUCUUGUUCUUUUGCUUCUAAUCCUCCUAUCGACACUUCUACUUGUUUCGGCAACUACUUCCCUCACCAUUUAUCCUUGAAGGGCUCUUCUAUGAAUCAACCCCACAUGGAAGUUCAUAGAGCUUCUUCCACUGCACCCACUUCUGAAAUUAUGGAUUUCUUUCCUACAGAGUCUUCUCAUUCUGGUCUAUUAGAGGAGGUCGUUAAUGGAUUCUUACCCAAAUCUGGUUCUGCUCAUUCUAACAUUAAUAACCCUUCUGCUCCUCUGUACCAAAACUAUGGAAUGUCUGUGGAUGGGGCAAUGGUGGAGGAUUUGGAGAAGCAGAUUGAAAGUGACCAUUUCAGUCUCUAUUUAGAAUGUCAAAAUGCACUAGAAGCUCCUUAUUCUGGUUCCCAAUCCUACAAUAUUGAGAAAGAAGCAGCUGUGGAAAACCCACUCAUGUCUGAAGAAAUGCUACAAGAUUUAAUGCAGAACCCAGAGCUUCUCCAUAUCUUUGCUGCAAAGUUGCAAAACACCUGA